AUAUAGAGACUAGUUUUUCCAAUCGACAACAAGAAUAUGAAAAUAAUUUGCCAGACAACCAGAAAAGUAAAACACAUUACGAUGAAAGAUUUGAAUCAAUGGAACUUAGAGAAAUGAGAAGAUAUAAAAAACAUUACCGGCGACUAAAGAGAUCCGUUAAAGAAAUGACAAGUUACCAGAUUUACUUGACAACACCCUAUCGUCUUCAAAGUAUUAUGUAUAAAAUCAAACCCGUUAAAUGUCUUAAGAAUUCUGAUUUAAUAAAAAGUGAGAGUAAAAUGAUGAUGAGAUUACCACAAGGACAGUUCAAGAGAAAAGUGACUUCUAUUUUAAAUUACCUUAAACACCCUUAUAUACACAAAGCUAAACGAAGUUUAGAACAAUUAGCCAGCCAAGAUAGAAGCUUAAGGGCCAUGUGGUUUAUAAGGAGAAUUAUUCAUUAUUAUCAACCUUUCAAAAAAACGUUCAAUAGACGUAGUUCAAUGUUAGAAAUUAGAAGACGUAGACAAGAGAUAAUAAAGGACAGACGGAAAAUAACGAGGAUUAAUGGAAGAGAUUUGGAAAAAAAAAAAGAAUUGUUAAACAUUCUUAAAUUUAGAAUAAUCUCUUUUCAUAGCAGAGCUAAACAUCUAACAACUGCUUUAUAUAACAAAAUAUUGAAUAAAAAGGUUCCGCCUGAAUGGAAAACCAAGCAAAUGUCGACUGAAACAGAACAGAAAAAGGUAAAUAAUGACUCUCUUAUAAGGUAUGACAAAAUGGAAAACGAAAAAUUGAUUAAAAGUAUUAUCUAUUUAUUAGAAAAGAAGCAAUGUAGUAAAGCAACUACAUUGACUAGUUUGCUGUAUCGGAAUAUAGUUAAGAAAAUCAGCAAAAAUGAAACCAAGAACAGAACUGUGCCUAAUCGAGCUGCAGAAUUAAGGGGAAAACAAGUACAUCAUCGGCAAGUGAAAGGCAAUAUUUCAAAUUUGAAGGAAAGGAUUAUUUACGUGAACACACCUCGUCGUCUUAAAUUUAUUAUACAAGAGCUCAGAGAAAAACGAUUUCAUCGUAAUGUUACUCGUAUGAUAAAACACGAGAAAGCAAUGCUCAUAUCCAGUGGAGAUGCACGAUUCAGAAAAGAAAUGUUAAAUGUCUUAGAUCUUCUUCAAGAAAAUAAAACCACACAUGCUGAAAAGUUAAUUGAAACUUUAGUUGCAAACGACAGUGACUUAUUGACGGCAUGGUUUUUAUCAAGAUUUAAAGAUUAUGUAAACUACAAGAUGUGGCACUUUUGGCACUGUGUAAAAGGAAUGGUUUCGCGAGAUUAUGAUAAAAUAAUGAAAAUUAAGGAAACAAAUCUGAAAAGCAAAAAAGAGUUAUUAGAUAUUCUUAAGAUUAUCUUCAGUAACAGAAACAAAGCCCAUGGCAUGAUAACAGCUUUAUUUGAACGACUAUCGAAGACCGUGCCGAAAAUAAAACAAGUUUCUGAAAAGAAAAUACAGGACACUGACAGAUUUCUUACUAAUAAUUUAAUAAUGGUAGAAAAUAUAAUGCUAUUAUUAAAAAAGAAACAGUGCGGUAGAGCGAUUGUAUCGACUAGAAUACUAUAUAUGAAACUAGUCGGUGCAAAAAGCAAAACGAAGAACAAAAGUUCAUUGCAAAUUGAAACUCUAAAAAAGGGACAUCAAGUAUCGAAAGACAAAAAUAAUGUUGUAAAGGAGGCAAAAAGCAAAAAGGAGUAUAAGUUGUAUACCAUGUAUUGCUUAGUAUAUCUUGAGGACAUGGUUGGUCGAGUAAAUAGGGACCAACCCAUCUCGUCACCAAGCCGUCAUUUAGACGACUUUCUGAAAAAACAUAACACAUUUAAAUAUCACAAAUCAAUUUCAGGUAUUUUACAUCUUUUAAAAAAGAAAGAGGUUAAAGAAGCGAUGGGAUUAAUUAAACUGUUAAAAAAUAGAAUACUGCCAUCAGUUGAAACAAAAAAAAAUCCUAAGAAAAAUAGGAGAAAAAGAUCAGCGGUACUGCAAUCGAAUACUAUAUCAAGACUUCGCCGAAUAUUGACACUUAAAUCGUCCGGUUUAACAAGAUUAAACCGUUUAGCUGAUAACCUGACACUGUCUGAAAUAGGAAUCACAAAACGUCAUUAUGAUCCGAAAUAUAGAUAUGCUGUAUUAAAGAUUCUGAAAAAUAUUAUAAAUGACAAAGACAAAAGAGCUUCAUAUUUGUUAGACAAUUUUUCAAAUAGGUCAAAGCAACAAGUUAUGAAUUUGGGGAAACCUAUGAAAGAAAGCGUUUCUGAAUCAAGGACAGAUAAUCAUAUAUUUAAUAAACAACACAACGGAACCAUGAAUAAUGAGAAAUUAAAUAACGUUUCUGCUAUACCGUACAAGUCGCAAGUAUCAAGCUUGAAUCAUAACAAGAAUGAAAAACAACGUAAAAUAUUUGCUAAGCCAGGCAAACUCGAAUCAAGUUCGAACUACAACAGAAAUAACCAUGAAUUUUAUCAGAAACUCCCUAAGACUAUAACCCUUAUUGUUAGGCCAAAUUUCAAUAUUUAUUUAUCGGGGAAAAAACUCAAACCUCUUGAGAAUUCUAUAGGUAACAACAAAAUAGAAUUAAAAAACAGAUACAAUAGAAGAUUAAUAUGGGAAGGAAAGCAACGAUUGCAGCAUGAAAAAGAACAAAACCAUAUCGAUGAAGUCAAACAUAGGCAAGAAAAUAGAAAGAAUGACACAAAUAGAUACAGAGCAUUGAUAGAUAGGGAAAAACAUAAUAAAAAUACGAAAAUAGAAAAUGAAACAGCAGGUCAACAUAAAAAAGCCAACAUAAAAUUGUCAAAAUUAAGAAGUAAAAAAAAAAUGACAGAACCUAAAAAUAAACUGUCAUCUAAGAGACAAAAGUUACAGAAGUCACAAACUACAGAGGGUAUUGAUCCUAUAGAUCGAAUAAUUUCGGAACUUACUUCAAUAGUUUCGAUGCAGGAAAGUAAAAACUAUGAAAAGGCAAAAACAGCUAUAAAUGCAGAAAAACAAAAAGUUAAAAAUUUACCAAAAGAUCUGCAAAGAAAAAUUGCUACAGUUUUUCAAGCCAUUGAAGAAAAAGAUUUCUUUCGAGCAAGACAUCUUAUUUUGAAGUUACGGGUUGAAAGAGAGUUUAAAACAUUAGAAAACAUAAUUAUACAAGAAAAAAAGACGGCUAGUGGUAAACAGAUUAAAAGGCAAAAUAAAAAUGCGAAAAUAGAGAAUGAAACGGGAAGUCAAAAUAAAACAGCAUCAAGAAGAUUGAUAUCAACUAAAGAUCCAAAAGAGAAAAACAAAAAUGCAAAAUUAGAAAAUGAAACGGGAAGUCAAAAUAAAAAGGUUUCAAAGAGAUUCAAAUCAAAUGAAGUGCACAAAGAGAAAAAUAAAAAUGCAAACUUAGAGAAUGAAACGGGAAGUCAAAAUAAAAAAGCUUCAAGGAGAUUAAAAUCAACUGAAAUGACUUCUGAAAAGGGCAAUUCUCCAACAAAUAACAAACAUUUGAGAAGAAAACCAAAGAUGAGAAUAACUUUGAAAGAAAAAAAUAAACAAACGCUUGGAAAAGAGAAAACAGAAGAAAAUCAUCAAAGACCGGUAGGAUUAAACUCUCCAAAAAUGGUGGCAUCUAGAUUAUCAACUAUUAUAGCUUUGAAAGAGAAUAAACCAAAAAACAAAGCGGCCACCGCUUUGAUAAAAAAAGAAAGAGGGAGACUAAGCCGUCUAUCAAAUGUUGUAAGACAGAAAGUUGAAUCAAUAUUAAACUACAUACGGAAGGAAGAAUACAAUAAAGCUAAAUUACUUAUUAUAGAAUUGGAAAAGUCAGAAGUAUCACCAACUGUCAGUGGUAAUGACAGAAAUACUGAAGAUAAUACUGGGGUCCAUGGAGCUCAUGCAGUGCAACCUGUGGAGUCGGUUGGUCGGAAAGAAGACAGCAGUGCCUAAAAGAGGACGAAUGCUUCGAACUUACUCGAGUAGAAAGACGUCCAUGUUGGCUGGUACAUUGCCCAGACGAGUAGACAAUAAACCAUACAUGGGAAAUUGUUUAACUAUAAUAUUGACCAAUCAAAACAUUUUUUUAAUCUGUCCGAUAAAAAAUCUCUAUGUAUUAAUAAAAAUUAUUUUUUACAGACCAAUCAGAAGCUACGUUCAUAUUUAACUGGUCAGUCAUAAGUAAUGUUUUAAAUUUGACCACAGAAAAUAUAUGUUAUAUUUACUUAUUAACUUAUACAUUAUUUAAA